CUUUAACCAUUCCAUUUUCACUCACUCGCUGACUCUCUCUCUCUCUCUCCAACUUCUAUAUUUUUCUCUCAAGAACUUGGAGAUCUUGAAGUCUCAGCUUCAGAGGGCAGAGCAUGCGAUAAAUCCAUCAACUCAAAGCACUGUAAGAGGUUAACCAGUUGCAGUGUUCUUAGGGGCCUUGCUACCAAAUUGAGUGAUAGAUGUUCUUCAAAUAAUGUGGUUUGAGCUUUUUGGUGACAUAGAAUAGUCAAACAAACCAAUGGAGGAAAGCAGUAGGGGAGAUUAUAAGUCAUCGAGGGGAAGUGGAAGUUUUAAGUCUACAUUGUCAGGAAGAUCAAGUCCGCGAAAUUCUCCUUCAUUUCGGAGAUUGAAUUCAAGCCGAACUCCACGGAGAGAAGCUAGAAGCAGCGGAGGUGUGCAGUGGUUUCGGAGCAAUCGGUUAUUGUUUUGGUUGUUAUUGAUUACCCUUUGGGCUUAUCUUGGAUUUUAUUUUCAGUCCAGUUGGGCUCAUAGCAACAAGGAGAACUUCUUGGGGUUUGGAAAUAAAGCAAGCAAUGGAAACUCAGACACUGAACAGAAUGCGAGGAGAGAUUUGCUUGCCAGUGAUAGUUCUAUGGCAGUUAAGAAUGAGACCAACCAAAAUCAGGUAAAAGCUGGUAAAAGGAUAGAUGUGGUUUUGACAAAAAAGGAGAAUGGAGUUUCAUCUCGUCGAAGCGCAAGUUCAAAGAAGAGGAGUAAAAAAUCAGCUCGUAGUCUACGUGGUAAAGUGCAUGGUAAGCAGAAGAAAACAGUGGAGAUUGAGGGCCAUGAGACAGAGGAGCAGGAACUGGACAUUCCUAAGACAAAUACUUCUUAUGGGAUGCUUGUUGGUCCAUUUGGCUUUCUAGAAGAUAGAACUUUGGAAUGGAGUCCUAAAACGCGGUCUGGAACCUGUGACAGGAAGGGGGACUUCGCACGUCUUGUUUGGUCUAGGAGAUUUCUAUUAAUAUUCCAUGAACUUUCAAUGACUGGGUCUCCACUUUCUAUGAUGGAGCUGGCAACAGAGCUUUUGAGCUGUGGAGCCACGGUUUCUGCUGUAGUUCUUAGCAAGAAGGGUGGCUUGAUGCCAGAGCUAGCAAGGAGGAGAAUCAAGGUGCUUGAGGACAAAGUAGAACAAAGCUUCAAAACUGCCAUGAAGGCAGAUCUAGUCAUCGCCGGGUCAGCAGUGUGUGCAUCAUGGAUUGAUCAAUACAUGGAUCAUUUUCCAGCUGGUGCAAGUCAAAUUGCUUGGUGGAUCAUGGAAAACCGGAGAGAAUACUUUGAUCGGGCGAAGGUUGUGCUUAACAGAGUGAAAAUGCUGGCUUUUCUAUCAGAAUCACAGUCUAAACAAUGGCUAGAUUGGUGCGAAGAAGAAAAGAUUAAGCUGAGGUCUCAGCCUGCAGUUGUACCACUCUCUAUUAAUGAUGAGCUGGCCUUUGUAGCUGGCAUAGGUUGUUCACUUAAUACUCCAUCUUCUAGUACUGAGAAGAUGCUCGAGAAAAGGCAGUUAUUGCGAGAUUCAGUCAGAAAGGAAAUGGGUUUAACAGACAAUGAUAUGCUUGUGAUGUCUCUGAGCAGUAUAAACCCUGGAAAGGGGCAGCUCUUGCUUCUUGAAUCAGCACGCUUGGUGAUUGAAGAACCUCUGAAAUAUAAUUCUAAGAUAAAAAACCCAGUACGUAAACGCCAAGCCCGCUCUACCUUGGCUAGAAAACAUCACUUGAGAGCUUUGUUUCAAGAGUUGAAUGAUGAUGGUGUAUCAUCAAAUGAAUUACCACUGUCCAACGAAUCUGAUGUCCAGUUGAAUGAACCCCAGAAAAAAAAAUUGCGGUUACGUAGUCUCUAUACCUCUUUUGAUGAUACAGGUGAUUUGACCUUCAAUGUCACUCAUAAGAGGAAAGUGUUGUCGGAUAAUGGAGGAACACUGGAACAGUCCGUUAAAUUUCUUAUUGGUUCUGUUGGAUCUAAGAGCAAUAAGGUGCUUUAUGUCAAAGAACUUUUAGGAUUCCUAUCUCAGCAUUCAAACAUGUCAAAGUCAGUGUUGUGGACUCCGGCAACCACACGUGUAGCUGCAUUAUACUCUGCAGCUGAUGUUUAUGUCAUGAACUCUCAGGGACUGGGAGAAACUUUUGGGAGAGUGACAAUUGAAGCCAUGGCAUUCGGUCUUCCGGUGCUUGGAACAGAAGCUGGAGGCACAACAGAGAUUGUUGAACACAAUGUAACAGGUCUGCUUCAUCCUGUUGGGCAUCCCGGAACUCGUGUCCUCGCUGAAAAUAUCCGGUUUUUGCUUAAAAGCCCAAAUGGAAGGAAGCAAAUGGGAUUGAAAGGAAGAGAGAAAGUAGAGAGGAUGUACUUAAAGCGCCACAUGUACAAGAGAUUUGUAGACGUUCUUCUCAAGUGCAUGAGACCCAAAUAACGUCUCUCAUUUGAGACAUUCUCAUUCGUUUAUUUCUUCUCAAAUUUAGAGGGUGCUGUGAGUAUGGGAAUUUAUGUUGCUCCGGCCAAAUGAUAUUAUAGAUACCAAGUUUGAGAUUUUCUUGACGAAGCGUAGGAAACGUUUUUUAUUGAUUCAAAGGUUAUUGGUUUAAACAUGAAGCUGAAUGCUUUGUUCGUGUGAUAAUGUCAAAUGGUUAAGCGCAUUUAUCCAUCUACCAAUGUAUUGUUUUCGAUUC